CUUACUGUUGUCACGUCGCAACAAACAAUAACAUUUGUAAGAAAACAAUGGUAGUAAGCAUCAUGCCAGCAAAACGUAUUGUCGGCCAGCAUCUGUCUCAGAACAUUAAUUCAGAUGUAAUUCUUCUCGGUCAAGUAAAAAAGGUAAAUUCAAAUGGAACGGGCGUUGAACUGUUGACCACAGACAAUGUUUCUGUCAAUGUCAACCUUCCAGAACCAAUUGACGGAAAUUGUGAAGGUAUCAUAGAAGUACACGGAACUGCAGUGUCAAAAUCAACUGUCUCAGGAAAAUCAUACGUGCAUUUUCCACCUGAAUUAUCUGAUAACUUUGGUAAAUGUUGUUUGUCAUCUUUGUGA